AAAGAAAUUCGGCUGGUCAAUCCGUUAGGAACGGCAAUAGUGGAACAGAUUAAAGAUAUUCUGUUAUCCGAGCGUCUCAGUGACGAAAAAGUCAAAGUGGUAAUCGACGUUCUGAAGAUUACUGGCCGUUAUUUGGAUGUGGACGAAGGAGCAAAGAAAAUUAAUGAGGUUCUCACGCAGCUUAACGCUAUUGCAAGAGCACAUCCGGCCAUAAGCGACCAGGUUGAACUGAUUAUGUGGACCAUACAAUCGGAUUGCCGUUAUAACUGUUAA